CUGGGGCGCAAGUGCUUUCCUGGCAGCUUUUCAGAUAAGAAGACAGAGGCAAGUCUUUGAGAAAGACCCGCCCCUCAGCAACGCUGUCAACUAAGCGAUACGUGCCUCUGCGAGCUUCCAUACCAGCGUCGCAGUACAUUGAACGUGUUCCCGACUCUUGCUUCUCUUUUGCUGCGUCCUUUCGUUCUCGAAGUCCUGUUUGUACCCGUGCAUCUCAUCAACAGCAACAGGCUCGCAAGUCGCUGACAACCCACACACACUGCCUGGCCCACGUAAUGGAAGUGCAGGUUGACACGAUGCCGAUUAACCAGAGCUCCAAGAAGCGCAAAAGCGCCCUCAGCGCCGCUUCACCGAUUGCACCGCGGGUGCCUGCGUGUGGACCCUUGUGCACGCUCACGACCGGGCCGCUAACCUCGACCGCGGUGUCUGACGCUGCUUACUCGUCAUCGGACAGCGUCAACCUGUCGGCGGCUUUAACAGCGCUCAAAGUAUCGCUCAAGCGCGACUUGGAGAGUUUUGCGCCUCCCACACCUGCCGUGUCGCCAGCCCAUGGGCGCGGCCCGGCUAAGCGCGCUCGCUUCGAUUUCGAAUUCAUCGAGGAGGAGUCGGAACCAGAAGCGGAAAUUCAACAGCGAGUCAAGACCCCUGCUGCUGGUCCGCCCAAGACUGUGAAUGCGCUGCUGGCCGUCAGCAGUCGCAUCAAGUUCGAGCUGGAGAAACGUCGCCGUCGCGAUCGCGAACGUGCGCAGAAACCCCGUAGACGAAAACAACUGAGCUACUUCGCUAUUGUGGGGGCAUUUCAGCGCGCGGCCCACGAGCGCGAAGUCGCAUUGCAGGUCGAGUGCGUCGUAGAGGCAUCGACGGAUUAACAACACAUCGUCGAGCACCAGCAGCUGGUAGUCGGACCUACCGACCAACGGAGACACGUCUGUCAUUCCUGCCCACCACUCCAUGUGGCCUCGAGCAUUUUGAUCUA